CCGGCCGCAGUCCUCAUCACAGCGCCUUCGUAUGAGUCGCGUUUUGCUGUCGGCCUCCCCCCGCACCCCGCGCUCUGUCUCGCCCGCAUUCUAGUCGUGGGUGUCGCGCCGUGCAGUCCUCGCGAGUGCCGCCGAACUCAGUGCGCCGUUUGUGAGUGCUUUAGUUCCCGCUCGAGUGUCAGUGUGACGGAAGAACCUGUACCCCGCCGCGGAGGAUGUUAACAGCUCACGAUAGUAGCUGUUGACGUCUGCAGUAGCCAGCCUUCGGCCGCUUUCGUUCUACCCCCAGCUUCACACACCCCCUCCAAGAUUGCUGCCACUAUGGGUCGGAAGAAAAUACAAAUAUCCCGGAUCACGGACGAACGGAAUCGGCAGGUGACGUUCAACAAACGUAAAUUCGGAGUGAUGAAGAAGGCAUAUGAACUCAGCGUACUGUGUGACUGUGAGAUUGCCCUUAUCAUCUUCAGCUCAAACAACAAACUAUACCAGUACGCGAGCACGGAUAUGGACAAAGUUCUGCUAAAAUACACGGAAUACAACGAGCCGCACGAGUCGCUGACCAACCGCAACAUCAUCGAGGCACUAACGAAGAAAGAGCAUAAGAACGGAGUGAUGUCGCCUGACAGCCCUGACGCUGAACCGGAAUAUAACCUCACACCACGGACCGAAGCCAAAUACUCUAAAAUUGACGAAGAAUUCCAAAUGAUGAUGCAAAGGAACCAGUUGAAUGGAAGUCGAGUUGGAGUCAGCGUUACUGGAAGCAACUACAAUUUGCCCGUGAGCGUGCCAGUCGGGAGCUACGAUCAGUCACUGUUACAAGCUAGUCCACAGAUGCAUACCUCUAUCAGUCCACGGCCUUCGUCUUCGGAAACCGAUUCAGUUUACCCCAGCGGCGGAAUGCUUGAGAUGUCAAAUGGAUACCCAGGCUCAGGGUCGCCUCUCGGCGCCGGCUGCACGCCGUCGCCGUCCCCGGGGCCAGCUCCCUCCCCCCACCGACACCCGCACAAGCCGCACGCGCAUGCCCCUCCGCCGCACCACUCACCGAGACACAACAACCUGCGUGUAGUCAUACCUAGUUCCAUGCCGCCACCGCAGGAUGACAUAUCUUAUACCGGAGAGACACCACUAGGCUAUUCAGGACUUGGAAACUUUGCACCACAGGACUUCAGCAUGAGCUCGGACAUGGGAAUCGGACUGUCGUGGGGCGCGCAUCAGCUGCAGACCCUACAGCACAACAGGUACAUUAGCAGCUUGCCAGUACUGGGGGGAGGGGGGACCCCGCCGCCGGCCGCGUCGCCCAGCAACGUGAAGAUCAAAGCGGAGCCGGUGUCGCCGCCGCGUGCGCCUGACCACCUGCACCGUGCACCGCCGCCCGCGCCCGCGCCUCAGCCCGCUCAUCUCUCUGGAGUUAUUGAUGGUUCAGUCACGUCGAGUAACAUGGGCUCGCCGGCCGGGCAAGACAUGAGGCACUCGAACGCGCUGCCUCUGGACUACGAGCAGCCCCACACAAAACGGCCACGGAUCGAAGGCUGGGCCACAUAGCUAGGCUAUGAGGCCUUCGGAUCCUACCCGAGGCCCCUACACCCGCACUGCUAAGCCCGCAAAAAGCUUGCCCCUGGAAGGCCAGAGUGCCGAAGCGGCAACCCUAUCGAGCUUCGAUAGACCGUCCACCGUUGGAACAGCCUUUUCCUUAUUGGUGCUGCGUAACGAUCAGUGACAGUGCUAAGGAAAGGUGCAUUCAAGGUGCUCACAUUUUGAUGGCACGGUCAACGCGCAUGCGAAUCGAACAUUUAAUUAGUAUAUACCUUGUAAAGAUUUCUAAAGAAAUCUAUGUUAAAAAUGAAUGUUCAAGUUUACACUACCCUUCUAUUAUACGUAAUUAUGUAAUUGCACUUGUGAGUACACUUAUAAAUGUUAAAUUAAGUACAAUACUAGUUGCAACCCUUCUGAACAAUUUGAACUGUAAGGUAGAUAGAGUUCUAAUUCCUCUGUAAAUAACAACAUUAUAUGUGCAAUCCGUGCCAUUGUCAUUGUUUAGCUUAAAGUUAGUCAAUUUGAUUUAGUGACGUCGAACAAAAUAGUAAAAAUUAAAAUCCAGGAUUGGACGGUUUUUAAGUGCGUGGUCAAGACUAUAAAGUGUGAAGUGCGUAAGACUUAACGACUGUUGACUUUUGUGUUAGUGUUUUAAAAAGUUUUUUGUGCCAUUUUAAAAUAUUAAUAGUGUGACAUCCGAACUUGAAUCUUUGUAAAUUUAGUAAGCGUAGUGUCAUCACAGAAAGUAAUUUUAUGUAUUGUAAAAUCUAUUAUAUCUAUUGACAUAUUUAUACAUGAGAAUCAUAUGUUAUUUACAUAAUAUGUAUACACGUCCCAUUAGGAACGAAUGUUAAAUAAGUAGGUAAAGUUAGCUAGAGAUGAGUAAAUAAAGUACCACACAAAGCUUUAAAAUUUCUUAUGAUAACACUCGCACUCUUAAGUAAAUGAUCACGAUUUGUAUGUCCUAUUGAAAUUGGAGCUCCAUACAAACAAAAAGCCUGUGGCUUCACGUGAGGCUACUACACAUCGUUUCAAAUCUAUAUUAAUGUUUGGACUGCUGUUUACAUAAACAAAUUGUUGAAUCAUGAUGAACGACAUCAUAAUUUGCUAAUUAGAAUAUAUUAUUGGGAUCUUCAUGCAGAUUUUUACUAUAUUUAAUAAAAACUUCACGUUAAUGAGUUUCCGAAUCCGGAAGACACUUGAGUCAAAUAUGUUCAGUAGAUUCGAUUGUUUAUAGAAAGUUGACUUUAAAAUGCUGCAAUCAGAGCUUUUCAAAACAGAUCUUGUGACUGACUGCGAUAAAUUCUUGUAUUUGACAUAUCCUUACUGACUGAAGUGUCCUCUGCUAAAUUGUAUGACCUUUCUAGAUCUUGUUUGAACAAGCUUAUUUAUUUCAGACCAAAAUUAUGACGUCAAUUUUGAAUUAAAUUCGUAUUUAUAAGGCGUUAAGAUAUGUGUGUAGUGGCUAAAUGGGUUAAUAAGUAAUCGCUUGUUGUUAGUACGUUUUGUUUUGUUAAUGUGAUCUGAAGAUUUGCAUUUUUGUUUCAAUUAGAGUAGUGACAGUGUACAAUGUUUAUCUACUAAUGAGUAACAGCUUUAAUGCACUCUCCUAAAGUAUGUUUGUAUAUCGUACCUAUUUUGGUACAUCACUAUAUCACAAUCCGCCCUAUUUUUAGAUAAUAUUUGUCAACGCGUAAGGGAAUGGUCAUAUUCAUUGAUCUCGUAUUGUCCGACAAAAUAUAGUAUUUACUAAUAUUAAACGUAUAUAAAAUAAAUAUAAUAUAUUUAAAAUCAUUGGCAUUGUGUCUAAUGUUACUAUCAUCAUAGCAUGACUGUUUAGUUCACUCCCCUACUUCCUCACUGUAGAUGCCUUACUCACAGUGCCUAAAUGUACCAUUUUGUACCAAUUUGUAUGAUACGAUAGCAUUUUUGCUUUAAUAUUUUUUCACAUCCUAAUAACUUAAGUAUAUAAAUGUUAAAUUGUCAUGAUCUUAUGCAAUUCAUGUUAUAAAUCAAUGACCAUGACAAUAUAUUGUCGCUAUACCACAUACUAAACAGUCAAACUGUUUUAGGUCUUGUGAUUUUAACUACCUAUAUUAAAUGUAUCAUUAAGGAUGAGUUUCAUCAGUCAACUUUAGCGUUAACUUUAAACUACGUGCGUUGUCGUUUAGAAUAAAAUUGCGUGCUUUGCGUUUUUCUAUACUGGUCAAAGUUAACGUCAAAGUUAACUGGUGUAACCCACUCUAAGUCGUUCCCUGUCAGUCGAACAUAUUGCUGUAAAAUUUGUAUUGGCGUGUGCUCGACUCACAAUGAAUGUCAUACCUUUACAUCAUCAUAUAUUUAUAAGUAAUCACAUAAUGUAAUCCUUCAAAUCACAAUAACAAAAUGUUGAUGUACGAUUGUUAAAUUUGUACAGGGAAUAACAGUUUUGAUGUUCAAAAGUCUGAACGCAAAAGAUAUGUAUUUUCGCAUUGUAAUAUAAGUACACGGUUAGUUGUAAAACGAAUUAAUAUUUUAAUACCGGAGCAUAAUAAAUGUUGACCCGUUUUUAGGGAAUUAUAUAAAUUCAUGUAAGUACACCUUAAAUGUUAGUAUAAAUUGUUAAUGUGAUAUAAUUACAUACACUGUUAAGAUCCUUGCAUCGAGAUUCUAUGGCUACGUUAUCUGUCAUUUCGGUUGUUCGUUCCUAAUAGUUCAUUUACCUGAACGGUGCGCUUCGUAUUAGAAUUUGCUCAAGUUCGAACCUAAACCAACGUAUUUCUACGUUUAUUUUAUUUUUUGUAUCUAAUUUUGAAAAUUUUCUUAAUUAUUUACAAGUACUUUUGAAAGAUUAAUUCUUUGAAAAAAUCGUUUGGCAUACACCAAAUCGUGUACAGUUCAAUUGUCACCUAGAUAUAUAUCACAAUUUCUGAUAAUGUCAGAAUCAGAAUUUCCAAUAGUCAAUAUGGAUGAUUUGCACAAAAUAUUUAUGGGAAAUGUAUGAGGUAUGUUAAAGUGAAAUAAUUGUGAGUACUACAUCGAACAAAUUUUGAAGUACUUCAAUCAUUUCUUCGUAAGCACAUUGUAUUCUAUCGACUUACAUUGUAUAAAAUAUAUGAACAGUAAGCUGGUAUUGGGAGCAUAAUUUCCGUGGUUGUGAGUUGUACUAUCGGAAAUGAGUUCACUUUUAUUAUUAAUAUUUAAUGUACUAUUUUCCUUCUACGCACAACUAUGUUGUGUGUGUUUGUAAAAAGAGUUCGCUUGGUUUGUUUCGUAGAUGUACCUACUUUUGUAUAUGUUUUACCCGUAUAUAUCCCGCUGCGUGCCAAUAGCAAACAGUAUGUUAUUAUUCAGUUAACUUAUUACCUUUAGUAUGAGUAAUUCGUUGCAUUUAAUGAAAAAUAUGUAGAAAUAAGUGUAAUCGAAAUCGUUGUCAGGUUUCAUCACAGUAGUCAUGUUCACAGUGUCCGUCGUUUUGCUAUUGUUUCACAGCUUUGUGAACAACCCGAAUAGAAUUUAGGAAUAUAAAUACAUAUCCUUUAAAUACUCAAGUCGAUUUCAAAUUAAUUUCUGUCGUAACAUCAGUUGUGCAAUACAUAUAACAAAAUGCUUAGGUAGGUAUUAAGUAUAUUUUUCUUUUGAAUUUACAAAGAAUGCAAAAUCUGUUGUAUUUAUCGAUAUUUUUACUGAUAAUGAGAGAGGACUCAGCAAUGGGUGCCUCUUGGGAAUUUAAGUCAUAAUGUAUAAUUAUUUUUAAGGUAAGGCCGGGCCAAAUAUUGCAUUACUUUAGGUCUUGCGGCAUUCUGUGUCAAGGCAGCCAUUUCUGCCCUGUGUAUAAAAUGUACUUGAAUGAAACAUCUCAGUGGCUGAAUGAAUAUUAAUGUUAAUCGACAGUGUUAGAAAAAUUGUUAUAAAUUAUUUUGAUGACUGUUCGAAGGAUAAUAAAGAGUUGGAUGUCA